AGUCAUAUGUAGUACCUGCUGGAACAACGGUGCAACUUUUUAUUUACGGAGCUCACAGAGAUCCCAAUUUUUGGCCAGAUCCAGAAGCAUUUGAUCCAGAUAGAUUUUUACCCGAGAAUACCCGAAAUCGUCACCCUUACUUGUAUAUACCAUUCAGUGCUGGACCACAUAACUGCAUUGGUCAAAAAUAUGCCAUGCUGGAAAUAAAGGUGAUGGUAGCCUAUCUGAUACAGAAUUUCUACGUGGAGCCUAUUGAUUAUUUGAAAGAUGUUCAGUUGAACAUGGGUAUAAUAAUUCAUUCUUCUGAUCCAAUUCGUGUAAAAUUUGUUCCUAUCUCAUAAGAUUAUUACGUGUCUUUUAA